ACCUCUCUAGCAAUACACACCAAACUGAGCAUGUGCAGAGUGUCUACUAGGGCUCUGUACUAUCAGCAGAUGGGUUGGGGACUAUGGAAGAAGGGGAGGAUCAGCGAAAACAGGAUCAAACAACUUUUUUACGCAAUGCAGAGGAUUAACCCCUUAGGUUCCACAGUGAGUAUAACAAGCAUCCUUUACUGCCAGGGGCGGACUGACCAUUUGGAAACUCGGGCACUGCCCGAGGGCCCGGGGUCAGUAGGGGGCCCCAUGAGAUGCCCCUGGUACCUU